UCUUGCUCCCUCUUUCACUUCCUUCCCCUCUCCUCAAUUUCUCUUUUGCUCUGCUACAAUGGCUUCCACAUUAUCCACUAUUACCCUUCGUUCCCCUUCUCACAUUUCUCCCUCAACCGCCAGCUCCACACACGCUUCAAUUUCUUUCCCCACCAAAACCCUCGAACUCCCCAAUCGCACUCCCAAACUCCACCACCGCCGAGCAACUUUCGUCCGCCCUCUCGCCGCCGUCGAAGCACCGGAGAAGGUAGUACAGCUCGGAGAUGAAAUCUCCACUCUAACUCUCGCUGAUGCGCAGAAACUCGUUGAGUACCUUCAGGAUAAGCUUGGUGUUUCAGCCGCAUCCUUCGCUCCUGCUGCCGUCGUCGCCGCUCCUGGUGGCGCAGCCGCAGAUGCUCCAGCUGUGGUUGAAGAGAAGACGGAAUUUGACGUAGUCAUCGAUGAAGUGCCGAGUAAUGCUAGAAUUGCGACUAUUAAGGCUGUUAGGGCUUUAACAAGUUUGGCAUUGAAAGAGGCUAAGGAAUUGAUUGAAGGAUUGCCUAAGAAAUUUAAGGAGGGUGUUUCCAAGGAUGAGGCUGAAGAUGCUAAGAAACAGCUUGAAGAAGCUGGUGCUAAAGUUUCUAUUGCUUAAAUGAAUUUGUGGUAAAUGUUCAUUCUUAUUUGGUUUUGAUUAUCUGGGCAAAUUACUGCAAGUUUUUGUGUUUUUGUAAGAGAAUUCAGUUGUUAGAUAGUUGUACCCAAUUUUCUAAAAUCAAGAUUUUUCACCCCUUUUUGCUUA